UAAAUCUCAAUACAAGUCAUAUGGGACCCCACAUUGAAGGAAUAUGAUUGCGGUACCAAGAUGGGCGGCGGUUCAGCAGAGUGAGCUUUAUUGUUACGAGCUGCAUUAUUUACAGACUCAAUGUUCGUGUUUAAAAACCAACUGGUUUACAAAAUCAUGAUGUAAAAUUGGGAUUGUUAGAAAAAUUGCGUUUGUUUGGACAAUUUUAAAUCAAAGUCACGUAAGGCUGCGUAGUGAACGGAUGGAAGAUAGAGUACCUGGUGAAUUAUUUAAAUGAAAUUACAGUGAAGAGAGUUAUACAAUAUUUGCUUCUUGAAAAUGAUUAAUAAGACCGAUGUUGAAAAAGAAAAACCCGUGCAAUUCGGUCAACGUCAUGUGCAAAUUUUCCUGCUCUUCACUUCGAUUAUUGUCAAUUAUGUGGCGAAAUUUAAUGUUGGCGUAGCUGUGGUUGCCAUGACUGAUGCUGCCACGACUAAUCCCAAUUUCCCGGAAUACCAAUGGACGGACAUGCAAAAAUCCUACAUACUCUCCAGUUUCUUUUGGGGAAAUUUCAUAACUCAAUUUCCGGGUGGUUAUCUGUGUCGACGUCUUGGCGCUAAACGCACUAUGCUUAUUUCGACACUAGGCUCCUCGCUCUUGGCACUAUUACCACCGUUAUGUGUCAGCUGGGGCGGUUGGGGCAUCUACUGUGCCAUACGCGUUCUGCAGGGUCUCUUCCAAGGAUUUCUAUUCCCCUGUUUACAUGCACAUCUAGCCGCUUGGUGUCCCGUGAAUGAACGAAAUCGUCUUGGCGCAUUGGCGAAUACAGGCAUUGAAUGUGGCACGCUCCUCUCUAUGUUUAUCAGUGGCAUGAUUGCGGCGAGUAGUAUAGGUUGGCCAGGGCUAUUUUAUGUAUCUGCCGGCAUCGGUUUGGCUUGGUGUGCUGCGUGGCAGUGGUUGGGCGCAAAUAAACCGGCUGAAUCGAGGUAUAUUUCAGCAGCAGAACUUAAUUACAUACAAACAUCACAAAAUCUCAAUGAGCAAGUAGAACUGGAUGAAAUUGGACAAAAAAUUCAAGUACCAUGGCAUGCCAUUUCAACAUCACUUCCCUUUUGGGCUUUAGUUGUUGCCCGUUCGGCACAUUCGUGGGGAUUUUCAACGUUGCAAGCAGAGUUGCCUUCGUACAUGAAAGGCGUACUGAAUAUGGAUAUGAAGAGUAAUGCUUUAUACUCAGCGCUGCCUUAUCUGGCAAUGUGGUGCAUGUCGUACGUGUACCUCAUUAUAUCGGAUAUAUUGCUAAGUCGUAAUAUAGUUUCGCUAACCGUUAUACGUAAGACUUUCAACACAUUUGCUUUCUGGUUGCCGGCUAUUGGUCUCAUAUGUAUAGGCUUAUUAGGUGAGCAACAGAAAAGUGUUGCUAUUGUUAUAAUGACAAUUAGCGUGGGUAUGAAUGCUGGUGCCACAAUUGGCAGUGCGCUGAAUACAAUAGAUCUCUCACCAAAUCACGCGGGCAUAUUGAUGGGCAUCGUGAACACAGCAGCUAAUGUAAUACCGAUAUUAACGCCAUUGAUUGUCGGAUUAAUAGUAUCGGAUGAGCAUAAUCGCGUUCAAUGGCAACUAGUCUUCAUAAUAGCAGCUGUGGUUUUUGCCUUGGGAAAUCUUUUCUACUUAAUAUUUGGUAAAAUGAGUUUGCAGCCUUGGGAUGACAGAGAUUUUCUAUCAAAUAAAGGACUGCAAAAUAUUCAGUUGUCGGUUAGCAGAUUUAAUAAGAAAUCGAAUGGGGAAGGGCCAAUAAAUGGAGUAGUGAUUUCUUAGCAAUAGAUAGAUCUAUUUAUACAUAGGUGAUAUUUUUAGAAAUGUUAAGCGUUUCGUAUCUUUAUUUGAUAUUUGGGAUUUGAUAUUCUCAUAAUUAUAAGCUUUUACUUGUUACAUUUUAACUAAACCAUAGCAGACUAGUUUUCUCUUAUAUUGUUUAGCAUAUGAAGGUAACAUACAAGCUUAUGAUUAGCUUUCACUGAAGUAUAAUAACAGAGCUUGUUUAAAUUAAUUGAGCUUUAAGCUCUUCAUUCUGUUAGUUAACAGUUAAAAGGCUAACUCUGGCUCACCAGUUUUACCUCUCAGUUCUUAUGCUUGUGUGUUAUUCAAGUGGACACUCAAUCAAAGUUGAAUUAUUUGUUUGUAUGUGUGUUUCUUGGACAGGUGUUGAUUGUUGUCAAAUAAAGAUUAAUAAU